AUGGCACCACCAUCGGAAAACAGGUACGUAAAAAUUAAACAAGAAUUGGUCAAACGUCUCAGCGCAUCCCAAGAAGAAAAAACUCGCCAACUAUUGGAACGGGUCGAAAUGGGUGAUAGAAAACCAUCGCAAUUUUUACGCCAUCUUCAAAGCCUAGCUGACACCUCCAUUCCGGAAACACUGUUAAAAACGCUGUGGAUGGGCCGACUACCGAAAAGUAUUCAGGUAGCGCUGGCGAUCGUCAAGGACUGCAAACUCGAGGACCUUGCAACACACGCAGAUAAUAUUGCAGACGCGUCUGGUCCUAUGCUACCUCAGAUCGCGGAAUCAACUGUGAGUAGUACUCUGGAAGCUACGUUAAAUCUUAAGCUUUCACAGCUAGCGCUAGGGAUUAAUCAGGAAAUCACGGCGCUGAGAAAAGAAAUCGCUGAGAUCAACACCCGUCCUGCACGUGGGCGAAGCCCCGAUCCUAGUGCCCAUCGUUCAAGAUCUCGAUCACGAAGUCGUAAUUCACACGGUGUCAAUGGAAUCUGUUGGUAUCACUGGCGUUUUGGAUCCAACUCCCAGAAAUGUGUAAAGCCAUGUACAUAUAAGUCGGAAAACUAG